AGAAUGUUUGAUAAAGGCUCCAUAAGCUAUGCUGAGAAACGUAGUAUGACCAUAUACAAUGCGAUCUCCCCACGUAUUUAUGGGUUACCGAAGAUCCAUAAACAGGGCAUACCAUUGAGGCCGGUAGUUUCCUUCGUAGGUAGCCCCACGUAUAAUCUAGCAAAGUUUAUAUCUGCCAAUCUCUCUCCUCUCUCCCAGAGCCACUACAAUGUAAAAAACUCCUUGGAGAUAGCCGAAUUUGUAGUGGAGAGCCGUCUCCCUGAAGGAUAUGUUCUCAUUUCUCUAGAUGUCGUUUCCCUUUUUACUAAUGUACCAAUUGAUAUUGCCUUGAAAGAGAUAGAACGUAGAUUUCAUGAAAUUGGACCCAACACAGAUUUACAAAAAGAAGAUUUUCUUACACUAACAAAGUUUUGUCUCACCACUGGAUAUUUUACCUACAAUGGCACAGUUUACUCCCAAUUAAAAGGAGUGGCCAUGGGCUCCCCUAUCAGCCCAAUCGUGGCAGAUAUUGUCAUGCAGAAGGCCUUGGAUUCAAUUAUGGAAAAUUCUCAUCUUAGAAUAGGUUUUAUCAAGAAGUACGUGGACGAUUUACUCCUGUCCAUCCAUCAGGACGAUGUGGAUACGGUAUUGGAGGCAUUUAAUGGUUUUCAUCCGGCCAUUCAGUUCACCAUGGAACAGGAGGUGGAUCGAUCCCUGCCAUAUUUAGAUAUGAAAAUACACAGAGACACGGAAAAUAAUCUGAGGACGACCUGGUACGCUAAACCAUAUACAUCUCAGAGAAUAUUAAAUUACAACUCGGGGCACCCACUCAAUAUGAUUAUCAAUGUUGGGAAAAAUCUUGCAAAACGGGUUAGAUCCCUCACCACUGAAUCCCAAAACAGCACAGAUACAACAAAAACCAUCUUCACGAUUCUCCGGAAGAAUGAUUUUCCACCUAGAGUGAUCAGGAGAAUUCUAGCAGCGGACUCUUCUGCAUCACGAACUGUAAAUUCUCAGCCUGCAGUGAUCUCUGAACCUUUUCAAUCACUGGGAUACAUCCCUGGUGUUUCAGAAAAGAUGAAAAAGAGGAUAAAACAAUCGACAGAACAGAGAAUAUCCUUUAGACCUCUGGAACGUAUAGGAAAAUUCUUUAGCAGGUUGAAGGACCCAGUACCAAUUGAAUUGCAGUCGGGUGUAGUUUAUGAGGUUCCCUGCAAAGAUUGUCACUUGAAGUACAUAGGAACUACUGGACAAUUACUAAAAAACAGAUUACAACAACACAAACGGGACUGUAAACCACCGAUAGUAAACACACUAGUAUCAACAUUAUGCACGCACACGGCGGAAACUGGACAUUCAUUCGACUUUGAUGCUACACGAAUUCUGGACAGGCACAACAUAUAUUCUAAGAGAAUGAUGUUGGAAGCUUUGCACAUCAGGAAAAACAUAAACACUGUGUGCAACAAAAGAGAUGACAUAUCAUGUCUAAAUGCAAUAUAUGCGGGGUUACCCGAUCCUUAGACCAUUUCAUCUCUCUAUAGGUCGUUUGAAAAAUUUCCAAAUUCAAAAGAGUCGUUAUAGAGAUUCAUUUUCGAUAACCCGUUGCCUCCAGUUAGUUCUUUGUCUCUCUGCGAUGAUAGAUUCAUGUGUAUCAGCUCUCUCACCCCCUAUUCAUUUUUGGUGUUCUUUUUCCAUCUUUAACGUAAUUCAGAGAUCCAAAUUGUAUUCAGCGAGUAAGUGUCGUUAAGACAAAGAUGAUUCCCUUGUUUGUGAGCUCUUUAUGUAUGUUCAAUGUAAAUUUAUGCCAAUAAAAUUUUCCUCUCUAGCCACUGAGGAAGGCGUGCAGUACGCCGAAAGCUAUGGGAAACUGAGAAGAUUUUUUCUCUGAGUUGAAAAUCAUUUUUCCACUGACGCUUCCGGAAGGGACAUUCGUGUCCUGCCUUCAUAUUAUCUUCACGUCAGUUUAACCAC